GUAACAUAAGUAUAGAUUUGUUAGAUGAUGAAGUUAUAUGGACUUGUCAAAUAUAGAAAAUCGAUCCACGUGGUGUAAUCAUUAACGAACCUGCUGUUGUGAUUGUUUGACAAAAUCCAGUAAAAGAGUUUCUUGUUACAUAGUGUUAUCAUCGGUUCCCUCCAAUCUCCCAAUCGCAGCAUUCGGUGGGGCUCUGUAUGAAAUCAAUAAGAGGACGCGUCUGCUGCUUCGUUGGUGCAUGGUAGAAUUAGUUGUCCGUGAUGUGAACUGACCAAGGCACUAUAAUCAGCUAUCAGGAUAUUUUAGCAAUUCCAAAAGAGUAAGAAAGAUCGAGAAUUUAUGGGAGGAUGACAAUCAAGGAAAUCUACAGCUCACGUGUUGAGGAAGAUUUCCUCCCCCCUCCCCAGACGUUACAGACACUGGACACUGCGGCAUCAAAGAGAAUGGCGGACAUUCUCACAGAAUCAACCUUCUCUGGCUCAGUUACAGAACAGACGACUCGUAUUCCAGUGUUGACUUGUGAAAAUGGAAUCCUUCCUCAGAUUAAUUCACUGAAAACGAAACCAACAGUGACGACAAAACAACGUCAGAAUGGACAUCUUAGAUCAUAUUCAGGAACGCAGCAUGGACGUUCAAAUCAGCAAAAGCUUGACAUGGACUUAAGCUUUCAGCAUGAUAAACACUGGAUGGCCAAAUUUUACGAGUCUUUUGAGGACCCGCCUCUUUGGACAUCUAUAAUGACGUAUAUUAGUUUUCUAAUACUCAUUCUUGUGGGACAUGUACGAGAGUUUCUGAAAAAGCUAGGAAUUGGAAGAGUUAAAAACAUAUCGGAACCUAACAUUCCGGGAUUUGUUCCCCUGUACCAGACCUGGGAAAGCUUUUAUCACUGGUACAUCUUCAGAAGAGGCAAGGAUACACUAUACCGGACUAUAUGCAGUGUUCCUGGAGCAGAGAUGGACGUCAUGGAUCGCGUAACCGACGAUCAUUAUUGGACAUUCCGAUAUACGGGGACCUCUACUAGAGCCAUCAACUUUGGGUCCUACAAUUACCCGGGAUUUUCUCAAAACAGUGGACCAUGUGCAGAGGCUGUAGAAAAGACGGUCGAAGAACUGGGGAAUGCCAUUUGCGCUAGCAGACAAGAAUUAGGCUAUCUCCAGAUUCACAAAGAAUUAGACGAGCUUGUUGCCGAUUAUCUAGGUGUUGAGGCUGCAAUAACAGUUCCAAUGGGGUUUGCUACCAAUUCUAUGAACCUUCCAGCACUUGUGGGCAAG